AUGCCUCCUGUGUCUUCUACGCCUCCUGUAUCUCCCACGCCUCCUGUGUCCUCCAUGCCUCCUGCUAUCCUCCACGCCUCCUGUAUCCUCCCGCCUCCUGUAUCUCCCAUGCCUCCUGAGUCCUCCCCACGCCUCCCUGUAUCCUCCCACACGCCUCCUGUAUCCUCCCACGCCUCCCUGUAUCCUCCACGCCUCCUGUGUCCUCCACGCCUCCUGUAUCUCCCAUGCCUCCUGUCUUCCAUGCCUCCUGUGUCCUCCACGCCUCUGUCCUCCACGCCUCCUGUAUCUCCCAUGCCUCCUGAGUCCUCCACGCCUCCCUGA